AUGGCGCCGACCACAGAUACCGCGACAGUCACUUCAAGAGAGAGCCCCGCAGAAGCUCCAACCAAGCGACCAGGUCAUUCACAUGUCAAUCUCAACGGCCCGUCAACAGUCCAACCUCUAGAGCCUGUCCGGCCCCGGGCAAGACGAAAGUACAAGCACAUCGCGGCUGUACAUUCUAAACACAAAACUUCAUGUCUCAGUCACGAUUCCGAGGCUGCUCCCAGCUUUCUAGGCUUCAGAAAUUUGAUGGUCAUCGUCUUGAUUGCUGGGAACCUACGCUUGAUGAUUGAGAACUACAAGAAGUAUGGAGUUCUUAUCUGUAUUCGGUGCCACGACUACCGACGGAUGGACGUUAGACUCGGUGCUGCUCUAUAUUUCAUUAUACCUUGUCAUCUCUUCGUUGCAUAUGUUAUAGAGUUAGCAGCUGCUCAGCAAGCAAGAGCGUCCAUCCAAGGAACUGGUAAGAAGCGGGAUGGGACGGCUACUCCCGGCGGAAGCUAUGUUCCAACAGACCAAGAGCUCAAGAAAUUCCAAUCAACCUGGAAGUUGAUAGCGUGGAUUCACGGCAUCAAUGCUACGCUCUGUCUGUUGAUUACGUCCCUCAUCGUUUACUUCUUCAUCCACCAUCCUCUGAUUGGGACCUUGACAGAGGUUCACGCCGUUAUUGUCUGGCUCAAGACCGCCUCCUACGCUUUAGCGAACCGGGACCUUCGACAUGCAUACCUGCAUCCUUCAAGGCGGGAAGAGGAUGCAGUUCCAGAGAUAUACAGCAAAUGUCCAUACCCCGAAAAUAUCACGUUGAGAAAUCUCACAUAUUUCUGGUGGGCGCCGACAUUGGUGUAUCAGCCAGUAUACCCUCGAACUACCAAGAUCAGAUGGGUCUUCGUUUUCAAGCGUGUGGCCGAAGUGUUCGGUCUCAGUGUUUUCAUGUGGGUAGCCAGUGCGCAAUACGCCGCACCCGUUUUACGGAACUCCAUGGAUAAGCUAGCCUCCCUAGAUCUUUCUUCGAUUCUUGAAAGACUCAUGAAAUUGUCAACGAUCAGCUUGGUAAUUUGGCUAGCCGGAUUCUUCGCCUUAUUCCAGUCAUUCCUCAACGCCCUGGCUGAAGUCAUGAAAUUUGGGGACAGGGAGUUCUACUCUGAUUGGUGGAACAGCCCAAGUGUGGGUGUUUAUUGGAGAACCUGGAAUAUACCAGUUUAUCAAUUCAUGAAAAGACAUAUAUUUUCUCCUCUUGUCGGUAGAGGUUGGAGUUCUGGACAUUCAAGCAUUCUGGUGUUUCUCCUCUCAGGAAUCCUUCACGAGUUGGUUGUGGGGGUACCAACCCACAACAUUAUCGGAGUUGCAUUCAUGGGUAUGAUGGCUCAGCUGCCACUGAUCGUCUUUACAGCGCCGCUAGAGAAGAUGAAGGGGAUUAAUGGGAGGAUCAUUGGAAACUGUAUCUUCUGGGUUUCAUUUACCCUCAUCGGCCAGCCUCUGGCCAUUCUUCUCUACUUCUUUGCAUGGCAGGCCAAAUAUGGGACCGUUAGCAAGCAACUCAUCAAACCAUAGAUAGAACUAGAUAAAUAGAAGACGCAGCAAGCUUUCGUGCAAUGGACUUUAACAUUAUAUUCAUUCAUCUCGCAUUCUCUGCACUGAGCUCAGCCAUCAAGCCCCCUUUAUCCCUUUUCGCAGC